AUGAGCCGCAAAGUGAUCGUUGAAUAUGACAGGCUUUUCCGCGGAACUAACGAAGCGCACCAGGAAGCAGAGGCAUCGGUCUUCGGUGAAAAAAGCGAAAAGUGUUUCGGUUGCAUUACGGCUACGAUCGAGCAAUGCAUUCUUCUUAUUCAGUCUUUGGCGACAAAACUGCACGUUAAAGCUUUGUUCGUUUCGCAGCAAGGAAUUUUGGAAAAGCUCUUAGACCUUGCCCUACAACAAGGAAGUGGCAACUCACGAGUGGCAAUAGAAAGCGUGCUUUGCAGCAUUGUGGUGGAUGAACCGCAGGCAACGAAGCAGGUGUGCGACGAGAUCACGAAACGAGUGUUGAAUGCCAUGCAAAGCACUUCAUCUCAGGAAGUUCUGAGCAGAAUGGUGCAGAACGACAUACACUUGUUAAUGUCGAUGAUUGCGGCUGACGACAAUUGUUGGGAGGAUAAACUUCGAUGCGUUUUCAAGUUGUUGUUCUCGAGUAUUGCUUGCGGAACGUGUGCUAGCAUGCAGACAGUCACAUUUCCUUGCCUUGUUAUUCUGCAGGAAGUCAUGAAACCAGUGUAUAAAGAGGAUAAGCUGACCGGGCAGCCGCAGGCGCAAUCAGAGUAUCAGUCGUCAGCGGAGAAACGUCAGUUGAGUCUUUCGGCAUGGCUGAACAAUUCGAUUGAAGACAGCUUUGACAAAUGGUCUAAGCUACCUAUUCCAGGACGCGGACAGUGGUUAGAAAAGACGUUGUUUUUUCCCAGUUCGGCGCAAGUACGUUUGUACACCGGUUCACUGCUGCGGCUGUUUCGUUCGGCACCUCUUUCGCAAAGGACUACCUUGUUGAACUUGGCUACAUCGUAUUUCUGGCGGCUGUCUGAGCACGGCGAAAAAGCAGAAGAGUUCUUCUUUUUCUAUGAGUACUUCGUUAGCGAUGAAACGAUGAAACAUUACCUGAGCUGUCACGGGUUCUUUCCUAAGAUGAAAACAAUGAUUUCGAAGGAAAUUUCCCGACUGACUACGCUUGACGAUUUUCAGAUGAGCAUCAAUAUUUCUCAAGGCUUCGUCAUUAGAGCUUACACCGAUAUUCUGUUGUCUCUUUAUCGUCUGGAAACCGUUCGUAAGCGAUGGGUCGGAGAGCUGCUGGAAACCGUGUUCAACGGUUACAUCGCCCUAAAGAAGCUGGUGAUCAACCGUACAAAACUUAUUGAUGAUGCCCAGUCUAAUUUCCUUAUGCUCCUUGAUUACUCGACUGUUAUGGAACGUCGAGUCCCUGAAUUCAUGCGUAUCUGUGUUCGUUCUUUGAAAGCCUGUUCGAUGAACGACAUCGUUUCGCCGGUGUUCAUUUUCGAACGCAUGUGUUCUGUCAUCUGUCCGGUAUGCGUUCGCUCGCUGACCCUGUGCUUUCUUAAUCUUUAAAU